CAAAAAAAAAAAAGAAAAAAAAGAAAAAGAAACAAGGAAUUCGAAGACGACGACGCACAUCGAAUCCAUGAUCCAUCAUCAUCCCUGUUGAGCGUCCAGACAAGAAGACCUCUCUAAUGGCGGAACAGCCUGAAACGGCGUCGUCUACUUCACGACCUUCUUCUUCUUCUCCUUCUUCCCUGAAAUCCCCCGAAGACUCUCUCAAGCAUCCACAGGUUCCAGCAUUCUCAGGGUUUCCAGCUUUUCCAAAUGGUGAUUUUCAGAUGCCUCCUAUCAUGUACCCAACGCUUGUAACUCCAUCUCAAAAUCAGGAACCGACAAACCGUGGAGCUGGCAUUUAUGCUGUUCCUGUUUAUCCAUUCAUGGGGCCUAUUGCUGGAGUUCCACCUAACACCCUUAUUCCUCUUACCUACAACAUACCUACUAGGCCUAGUGCUGAGGUUGGGGCUUCAGGUCAGGAGCAUGGGCAAGAAGGGCAACAACAGCAGCGUCAACAACAGCCUGCACCUCAGAGACAAAUUGUUGUGAGGAGAUUUCAAAUUGCAUUUCAGCUUGAUUUGUUGCUCAUUCUGAAGCUGGCAGCUGUAAUAUUCUUGUUCAAUCAAGAUGGAUCCAGACAAAGGCUUGUUGUCCUUGUGUUUUUUGCUUCACUUGUCUAUCUAUAUCAAACUGGUGCCCUCACACCACUGAUACGAUGGCUUUCACAAGGUAUGCAUAGGGCAGCUGUGCCUCCCCAUCCACCAAGAGCUGCAGUCAGGGCUGAUAAUGUGCCUCCUGCUGCAAGGCCUGGGAUUGAUAAUGUUGCUUUCCCAGAGGGACAACCUGGAGCUGAGAUUGAGAAUCGGCCAGCAGAUGAAGGAAAUCGGGCAAUUGAGAAUGAGAAUGUUGCGGAACCUGAUGGAGGCAAUGGUGCAAACCACUGGUGGGGAAUUGUCAAGGAGAUUCAGAUGAUUGUUUUUGGCUUCAUCACUUCUCUUCUCCCAGGUUUCCAUAACAUUGAUUAGGCUACACUUGGCUGAGAUUGUGAUUUUCAGGCCUACUCAGGAGUUUCAAAAAAUUGAAAGUCUUCCCUUUUUUUUUUUAAGGUUUUGAAUAAAUGUAAAAAGUACAAUUUACCCUGAGAUGUAGCUUAUAAUACAUAUUUUGUGUGGUGUGAUUAUAGCCCCAGUUUAAUGGUUCUUUUUUAUUCAUGUA